UUUUUAACAAAAAUUAUCAAAAAAUAAAAAAAUAUGUCGAGUGCACAAAAUGGUGUAGAAAUUGCUACCAAUGGCAAGGCCAAAACUACAAGUGCUGCCAAGCCCUCAGUUAAAGAAAGAAAUAAUAGUUUUACUGUUGUACCCAAUCCUAAGUUAACUGUACCUAAAGUAUUUGAGGCUAACGAUGAGAUUUUAGAUCCUUUCUGCGAUCCAAGAAAUCCUCAGAAAAUAUCAUUCCAUGACAUAACUUCGGCAGCAUUUUUAAUAAAGGAUGGCGUAGAAAGAACUCCCUGUCCGCGCUCUACUACUUCAGAUUCUUAUGGCAUGGAUUUGUAUUUAAAAAAGGAUUUCUUGCAAUAUACUGGCAGUUUUAAGGAGCGUGGUGCGCGUUAUGCUUUAUUGUCACUAACAGAAGAACAAAAGGCAGUGGGCGUUAUUUCGGCAUCUCUUGGAAAUCAUGCCCAGGCUCUCAGUUAUCAUGGUUGGAAAUUAAAUAUACCCGUUACCGUAGUUAUGCCUAAGGCAGCUCCCAUUAUGAAAAUACAAAAGUGUCGUAACUACAAGGCCAAUGUUGUAGUUGAAGGUAAAGACAUGUCUGAAGCCAAGGCAUGGGCCAUGAAAAUGUCUGAAGAAUUGGGUUUAUUAUAUAUCAAUGGUUAUGAUCAUCCUCAUAUUAUGGCUGGCCAAGGUACUAUUGGCUUGGAAAUUUUGGAACAAGUACCAAAUCCCGAUGCUGUUAUAAUUCCUGUAGGAGGUGGUGGUCUAAUAGCUGGUAUAGCUACCGCUAUUAAAGCCUUGUCACCAAAAACAAAAGUUAUUGGUGUUGAAUCUGCCAAGUGUCCCAGCUUUUCCAGAGCCAUGGAAAAUAAUGGUCCCGUUCAUACUCCUAUAAAAAAUACCUUGGCAGAUGGUUUAGCAGUUCCCAAAGUGGGCUACAAUGCAUAUGUUACCGCUGUGCCACUUAUUGAUAAAAUGGUUGUGGUAGAAGAAGAAUGGAUUGCUUUGGCUAUUUUACGUUUGGUAGAAGAAGAAAAAUGUGUGGUGGAAGGAGCUGGAGCUUCUGGUUUGGCUGCUAUAUUGGCUGGUCAACUACCAGAACUUCAGGGCAAAAAAGUUGUGAUCCUAUUAUGUGGUGGUAAUAUCGAUACCACUGUCUUUGGUCGUUGUCUUGAAAGAGGUUUGGCGGCUGAAGGCCGUUUAGUGAAAUUUAAUGUGGAAGUUAGUGAUAGACCCGGUGGUAUUCAUGAAUUGUGCCAAAUACUUCACUCAUUGGGUGUGUCCAUUAAAGAAAUUAUGCAUGAACGUGCUUGGCUGAAAGAUAUUUACACCGUUGAGGUUAAAGUAAUUUGUGAGACCUUAGACUGGAGCCAUAGUAUGGAAUUGAAAAACAAGCUACAAGUCACUUACUCCAAGGUACAAUUUUCGGAAAUACCUUUAGUUAUAGAUGCUCAGCUCUUCGCUCAAGGCAAAAAAUAAUGCAGCAAACCAAAAAAACGAUUAUACAAAUUAUUAUUUAUACAUAUAAAUUUAUAUAUACAAACAAGUUAUUUAAUAUUUAUGUAAAAAUUAGCAUUAACUAUUCUUCCUCUUCAUCUUCAUCGUCAUCAUCUUCUUGGUCAUCAGUUGAUUCUAAUGCUGCAUGUUCCUCAUAAUCAUCUAUUUGUUUAAAUUUGAAUUCUUUCUUUAAUAAACUCAAUUGAUAAGCCUCUUCCAUUUCUACACUGGGAUCAAUGGUUUCAAUAAAAUCUA